AUACAGACGAUCAGCAUGAUGCAGCCAGAUGUGGUACUAGUGGAAUUAUGCAAAAGUCGGUUGAAUAUAUUACAAUUUGAUGAGAAAACGCUGGAAGAAGAAGCAAAAAACAUCAACAUGCAAAAACUACGCAUGUCAAUAAAACAGAGUGGUUUUAUUACAGGUGUGAUGCAGAUAUUGUUACUCAGUAUGUCAGCUCAUUUAACUAAAGAGUUGGGGAUGGCACCGGGUGGAGAAUUUAGGAAAGCGUUUCACUCAGCUCAGAAAGUUCCUGGUUGUCGUGUUCAUUUAGGGGAUAGACCGAUUCAGAUUACACUGCGACGUGCAAUGGGGGAAUUGUCAGUAUGGCAGAAAGUGAAAUUAGGAUGGCAUCUCAUCAUGGCAAAAGAACCAAUAACGAAAGAAGAAGUGAGAAAUGUAAACAAAAAGGAUCUAUUGGAAGAGAUGUUGAGUGAAAUGACAGGAGAGUUUCCGGGACUUAGUCGUGUCUUUGUAGAAGAGAGAGAUAUCUAUCUAGCACAUUCACUGCAGGCAGCGGCCAGACCCAUACCAUCUACUGAUAAUGAAUUAG